AUGGGCAACUCUUGCUCUGGCCUCAAGGAAAAGCUGGGGCAGAGGCUGCGCCCUUCGCCCACCCUGAGUUUCAUCCGCUCUGUGCUGUUCCCUAAGAAGAAAAAAGAUUUCUGCGUGGUGGUCCUCGGCUCUGCCGGCGUCGGCAAGAGCGCCCUGGUGCAUCGAUGGGUGAACAGCUGCUACUCGGAAAAGUACGUGCCGCCUGCGCCCCUGGCGGAUGUCAUCUACCACGUGCCGGACGGCCUUUUCGGCUCGGGAAGCAAGAUGCGUAUCACCGACCUCCCGGGUGGCCAGCUCUACCCGGCCUUGCAGUGCCUCAAGAUUGCCAGGGGCCACGCCUUCAUCCUGGUCUACUCGGUCACCGAGAAGCAAACCCUGGAGGAGCUGACGCCCUUCUACGAGCUGAUCCGCGAGAUCAAAGGCGGAAACCUGCACAAAUACCCCAUCGUGCUGGUGGGCAACAAAUGUGAUGAGGUCCGCCGCGAGCUGACCACGCUAGAUGGCGCUGCCUACGCGCUGAAGUGGAAUUGCGGCUUCUUCGAGACCUCCGCCAAGAGGAAUGUCAACGUGGAGGAGCUGUUUUUUGAGCUGCUGACCCAAGAGAGGGAGCCCGAAACCAGCCCCCAGCCUACCCCCGUGAAGUCCCAGAUGCCCAGUGCCGCCGAAGACGUGCUAGCAGCUGCCUCGUAA